AUGGCCACUACUGAGCGCCGGCCCCAGCGUUUCCCGCCGCACUUGGUCUUGGGUCCAAACUUUGCUUGGUUUGUUAUUCUGCGUGUGCACUCCCAUGGUUUGAUUACCAUUGAUCUGCAGUGUUAUGAAGGGGAUAACACUGCGCAAAUAGACAAUCUUCUAAAUGCACUGGAGAAGAAAUUAAAAGGACUCCUACAAGGCAAUAUCAGGAGGAUCAAAAGGUUCCCAGCUCUCUCCCGUGGGGCAGCUGUUGAUCGGUACUGGCCCACAGCUGAUGGCAGACUAAUGGAGUAUGACAUAGAUCGAGUGGUGUAUGACAAAGAUUCUGCUUACCAAAAUAUUAAAAUUUUGCACUCUCAGCAAUUUGGAAACAUCUUGGUGCUUAAUGGAGACAUUAACCUGGCAGAGAGUGACUUGGCCUACACACAAGCCAUCAUGGGUAGUGGGCAAGAGGAUUAUGCUGGAAAGGAGGUUCUGAUAUUAGGAGGUGGUGAUGGAGGAAUCCUGGCUGAGACUGUCAAACUCAAACCAAAGAUGAUCACCAUGGUGGAAAUUGACCAAAUGGUGAUAGAUGGAUGCAGGAUGCAUAUGAGGAAGACUUGUGGCAACGCCCUUGACAACCUCAAAGGAGACUGUUAUGAGAUCCUAAUUGAGGACUGUGUUCCUGUGCUGAAGAAGUAUGUCCAGGAAGGGAAGAUGUUUGAUUAUGUCAUUAAUGACCUAACUGCUGUUCCAAUAUCCACAGCACCAGAAGAAGAUUCCACUUGGGCAUUCCUGCGUCUUAUCUUAGAUCUGUCAAUGAAAGUGUUGCAUCCCAGUGGGAAAUACUUCACACAG